AUGGCGAACGCAAGUCAGCCACUUCCUACAGCUAACGUCGUAUGGAAUAAUUUAUUGGACGAUAUUGAACAUCUCUUUCAAUAUCAAACAAUUCGAUAUUCGAAAUGGAUGACUCUUUACACCCAUAUUUUUGAUUAUUGUACAAAAAGAACACAAUUAUCCGACAAUCAAAUUUUAUAUCAACAAUUUGAAGAAUAUCUUGAGAACUAUCUAGAAAGGUUUUGUCAAUCUGCCCUUCAAUCACCAGAACUAAACUUUCUUGAAUGCUACGUAAACCAGUGGCGAAGAUACUGCCGUUCCAGUAAAAUCUUGCAUGGUAUUUGUUCGUACUUUCAUCGUUCUUAUGUUCAUCGAGAACGAAAUAGCGGUAAUGAUCGUAUUCAGGAGAUCUACCCGUUAGCCAUGCAAAUGUGGCAAAACAUUGCCUGUCGGACGUUUCAUACUCAUCUCGCAUUUAUUUGCUUGAAUAUGAUUCAUGGUGAACGACAACAUCAAGUUAUCGAUCGAGAACUUCUUCGAAGCGUUAUUCAGACAUAUAUCUCAUUUUAUGUGGAUGAAAGUCGAAUUACAUUGGAUACGGAUGAGAACCUAUUAAAUAUCUAUCAAGAAUAUUUCGAAGAACAGUUUCUACAUGAUACCAUUGAAUUUUAUCGAUCGGAAAUAAUGAAACAUCUUCAAGAACAAUCCAUCCUCGAAUAUAUUCUAAAGAUUCCUCAAUAUAUUAACGAAGAAGUUUACCGAGCAACGUUUUACUUACAUCCAUCGACAAUUGAAAAGCUAAUCAAAAGUCUUGAACAAGUAUUUAUUUGCGAUCAAUUGACAAUCAUCUAUUCCGAAGCCAAAAUACUCGUACAUAAUGAAGAUAUUUCCAAUUUGAACCAUUUAUAUCAGAUAAUCAUGCGUGUAAAAACUACCAAAGUUGAAUUAAUAGAAAUCGUAGAAACACAUAUUUAUCAAACAGCAAUCGAGACAAUCCAACGAAUUAGUCCAUUAUCUACCAUCGACUUACACGUUUACAUUGAAACGAUCCAUAAUCUCCAUGACAAAUAUCUCGUAUUUUGUCAGAAAGUAUUUGAUAAUGAUUCAGAUCUUAUUAAUGUUUUCCAUCGAACUUGUCGCAGAUUUAUUAAUGAUAAUGUCAUUGUUCGUGCAAUGGGCAACACAACAAAAAUGUCCGAGCAUUUAGCGUAUUACUGUGAUAAACUUCUGAGAAAAACAAUGAAAAAGGAAACCAAUGCGGAGAACAUUUUUCCUCAAAUUAAGACUUUGAUAUACUAUAUCUUUGAUAAAGAUAUCUUUAUAAAACUGUAUUCGAGACUUUUAGCUAAACGACUACUCAAUCAGUCGAACGUGGGAAUCGAACAUGAAAAACUAAUGGUUUCUUAUAUUAAAGAUACUUGUGGAUAUAUGUGUACCCUUCGGAUGAUACAAAUGUGUCGUGAUAUUGAAACUAGUGUCAACGUUCUUUGUCAAUAUCAUAAAUAUUGUCAAGAGAAACAAUUUUCUACGAAAAUUAAGUUCAAUGCUAUGAUACUGAAAUCGGAAUUUUGGUCAUUUUCGAAAGCACACAAUGUUAUUCUUCCCUAUGAUUUCAAUCAUAUCAUAGACUAUUUUACCAACUUUUACAACUGUGUUUACAGUGGACGGAAGUUGAUAUGGUUUCAUCAGCAUUCGAAGGGUGAAUUACAAGGAUAUUUUCAGAAUAGGAUGUACACAUUUCAAGUAUCAGUCUAUCAAUUGAUCAUACUUUUACUAUUUAACAAUCUCUCGGAGUAUUCCGUGAAAAGAAUUCAAGAAGAAACACAAAUUCAACUUGAUACACUGCUACAAAUUUUAAACGUAUUAUUCAGAUCAAAGAUUUUAACAUUGAAAAAGUCUGUUGAUCAACAGGAAUUGCAUCUUGAUGCUAUCGUACAAUUGCAUGAAGAUUACACUAAUGAUAAACUUCGAGUGAGUUUAAACAUUCCAGUAAAAUCUGUCGAACAAAACGAUGCAAAAGCUUUCCAAGAGGAGAUUGACCAUGAUCGAACGAUGAUGAUUCAAGCUACGAUUGUACGAAUAAUGAAACAAAACGUGGCAAUGGAUGAAAAUCUUUUGAUACAGAAAGUCAUAGAACAACUUACUUCGUAUUCUAAUGUUGAUGUUUCUGUGAUCAAGAAAUGCGUUAAGAUUCUGAUUGAAAAAGAAUAUCUUGAACAAUACGCUGAACAAACCAAUAUUCUUCUUUAUAAAGCUUAA